AUUUGUAUUUAGACAAUUGGUGUGGGGACACCGAGACACGUCAUGCCAAAUGAAUUUUGCGUUAAGUCGUUUCAUUUUCAAUUAAAGUCUAGCGCCAUCUUCUGUCGAAUGGCAGCACAACUGUACUGGCUGGCAAGCGAAGUUUGGAUUUUCGACAGGAUCAAUCUCCUUACUUUUGUGCCAAAAUGGCUGAAAGCGGAGAAAGUGCCAUCGUAGAAGCUAACAACCCUGGUGUCAAGGAAGUUGUCAAGAAUUGGUCUGUCUAUGAAGAUGGAGCGCUAGCAUAUCAAUUGCAGGAGGAAGAAAACGUGAACCACUACACUGGGAAUAUCUCCAGGAGAAGAACGGUGCGAGGAGAUCGAGAGGUCGCCAAAGAUGUUGCCAAGGAAACAGCGCUCGAAGCGUUCAGAGAGGAGCAUGAGAUCGCGGAGAGGAAUCGGAAAUUGGAGGAGGAGGAUAGAGAGAGGGCCAGACUACUCCAGAUACAGAUGAUAAAAGAAGAGCAAGAAAAAGCUUUGCAGGCACAAGAGUCAGAUGAGAUGCUUGCCAAGAGAAUGCAGAUGGAGGAGAAAAGGAGAAUGGAAGCUGCCAGGAAGAAGAGGAUGGAGGCGGACCAAUUGACAAGAGACGCUCAGCUUGCUCGACGGUUAUCACAACAGGAAAAUGGGCUUCAUCGACCACCGCAUUCCGGAAAGCACAGAACAAAAACGGAUUACGCAGAGGUGGAAGAUUCGAUGGGAGCGAUGAAGCUAGACGACUCGCAUCACACCAACCACGCCAACACCCACCCUCAUUCCCGCUCACAAUCCCGUUCACAUUCCCACGCCCAUUCCCGAUCAUCGUCCUCCGCAUCGGCGGGGGGAGACCAACCUCUUGUCGUUGAAAUGGAUACCAGAGAUGCCGACAGCGAUGAGGAGUCUGACGCCCUUGCAAAGAUCACGCAUGAUGAGCAACUUGCAAGGCGGAUUCAUCGUGAGGAGACUCAGAAAUCAAGACCGAGGACGCUCUCAGAAGAACAACAGAAACAAUUACUGCAUGAUGAGAAAAUUGCCAGGAAAAUGCAGCACGAAGAAGUGAUGUUGGCCAAAAAGAAAACAUACAACAAAUACAAGCAGAGAGUCAGCGAUGAGAUUGCAGAUCCAGCUCCAAUGGUGCAUGUGAACAAGGAAAGUAAAGUUCCUGUAUUAGCGGAUGCAAAAGAAGGACACGGAGUUACACUGACUGAGGUUAAUCCAAGAUCGAGUGGGAAGGAUUCACAACCAACCAACAGGCCGCAUAACGGAAACAUCCUUGCAUCGAUAGACCCAACAUACAACCCUGGGGCAAAAACCAAUGUAGUACUUACAAAGAAAACACCCAUCAAUGCCACUCAUUCACCAGAGCCCAUUCCAGAGCAUGUCAAUGGCGCCCCACCCCCAGACUUUGAGGCUGUCCGAGGUACCAAGAGGUCGACCGGCAAGGAAAAGAAGAAAGGUUCCAUUUUCUCAAGGAAGAGUAAGAAGAAAUAAGAAAAUCCACCCUCACCAGUGCUCUCUGGGAUAGCUUUUAUGAAUGUAGGGCCAAGGACAUAUUCUCGAGCUCAUGAAGACAUUUGAAAAUCAGGACCCAUUUGUGGUUUUUCUGAUUGGUCUCGAUUAUCUGACCAGACCCAUGUUAAUAUAAUGGUUGUGAAGAUUAAAGAAAAAGGACUUUAAUAUGUGUUACAUUUGCCCAUGAUGUGGUUUUCUCGGAUGCAUGCACCUUAUUUCAUCGCAACUAAUUAUUCAGUCCCACAUGUUUAGAAAAAUGUUGGGGCGUCUUUCCAAGAUUGACGUUACUGACCGUUCAACAGAUAUGGUUAGCUUACAUGUCCAUUAGUCGACACAAGAACAUUUUUAAAUCACUCAACAAAAGAGUUUGAAGUUUAUCCACCAACAGUUUUUCAGAUAAUCUUGAAAUCCUCCGCCGAAUGGACAUAUUCUGAAGAGAUCCGAGUGCAUAGUCCCAUGUAUUGAAGAGUCGGAAAUGUUUUAAGGUAGCCAGUUGCACAGUCCAAUGCAUGGUAUGUCUAUGUAUCAGAGCUGCCAGUCUUGAGGCUUUUGCCUGAUUUCAGGUCCUGACAUCUACCCAUUAAGGCCUUUCCAGGCUUUUUAUCAUACAGCAUGUGUAGGGCUUUAAUGUGUUCCGGCUUCUCUUCAGUUCAAGUCAGUAAAACCAUGGACAAAACUGACUGGCAUUCCUGAUUUAUACUUGAGGCAUUAUUGUUUACGUCUCCAUGUACUCUAUCAAGACUUUACAACAAUCUUUCCUUUUGACUAUUGCAUAUGUCACUUGUAUCAUCUUAUCUUUGUUCGUAUCUUUCAUCUUUUGAUCUUUGAAGUGACCAAGGACCAACACCAAAAAGCUUGGUUUUGUCUUAGAAUGGUGUGAUUCCAACUUGUGAGUAAUCAUUGUGUAAAGUCUAAAUAGCAGAAUUCUUUUAUAUAUGGAUGUACAUAGUAUGAUGUAAGAAGCAUUAUAUCAUUAAUGAUUUCCUUUGUUUAAACUAUUUAAAGUCGUUUAAGCUGGGCAUUAUACUCUGUUAGCGGAUUCUUCAGUAGGAUAUACAAUGAUAAAUUCAGUGAAAAAAUGUCAAUGGGGCUCCCAAAAAAGAGCCCUGAAAAGACUACAUUCACUGCUAUGUUAAAGCUUUAUUUGCAUUUUUGGCAAUGUAUUACGAAAAGUAGCCCCCAACAAUAUAAAACAAAUAAUGCAUUGCCCUGGAUAUCUUGAAGUCACACCGGGACGAAAACCAACUCCAGACAAUCCAAAUCUAUUUAAAUAUUAAUCCGCUUUUAUAUAGCGCUUCAUACAUCAGAACGACAUCUCUAAGCGCUUUACAGAUGUAUUAAAACCCGGUCAUCGGAUCCUGGCAUGCCCGCGUACAAUGUAUGACAUUCUCCACUCCCUGGGGAGCAUUCCAACAGGAGUUCCAAGACCCAAUUUGCUAGGCAUACUACAUCUGCUUUCACAUCCUACCCAUUUAACACCUGGGUGGAGAGUGGCAAAGGGUGGAUCGACGCCUUGGGAUUCGAACACACAACUCUCUGAUUUAUUUGUUUCCUUUGUCACAUCAGAUGCUUUGGAGUCUGUAUCAUUGAUGUGACAGCUUCAAAAAUUGUUAGGCAUAUUCAGACUGCCUCGAAGUUCAAGAAUACCAAUUAUUCUCUGAUCGGGUCAAUAUACCCAGAUCUACCGCGAUCAGGAAAUACCAGGUAUUUUGCCAAUGUGAAAGCAAAAUACUCAGGAUGUUCCCAAAAGAAAAUA